AGUGCUGGUGCUAAUUGGAAGCACCUGUACGCACACAUCACCGGCAUACAGAAGAACUGGCGGUCGGUCACAUACAAACGGCGCGAGGUCAAAGGGCACGGCAACCAUGUUAUAACAUACCUGUACUAUGACACGGACAAAAUAAUCUCCGCAUCCGAUGAUCAUACAAUCAAG